AUGAAUAUAAAUACAGAGGAAGAUAAAAGAAAUGAGGAGUUAGUUGAGUUUCUAAAUAUUUUGGAGAAUGAAUUUAAUAUAAAUGAUGAAGAUUUAAAAAAUGAAAAAAAAGAAGAUAUUGAUUAUUAUAAUAAUUUAAAAAAAGAUAAAGGAAUAGAAGUGUUUAGAAAUAAACAUGCAAACUCAAUAAGGCUAAGUAAUAAAUAUGGAAUAGAUCAUAAUAAAGUAAUAGGGAUGAUUAAAAAGUUAGAAACAUUAUAUUAUAUUAUUAAUAUUGUUAAAAGUUUUAAUAUAUAUGAUUUAACAGAGGAAGGAAAAGAAUAUUUAAAACAUGGAUCUCCAGAAUUUGUUGUCUUAAAAUAUAUUUAUGAAAAAAAAAAAUGUACUAUGGAUGAGCUUAAAAAAUUAUAUGGUAAAAAGGGAGAAAUAGGAUUAAAUAUAAAUUUAAAAGAAAAAUUAAUACAACUAAAUAAAGUUGAAAAAUGUUUAAGUUGUAAUUUAGAUAAUGUAAAUAAUCAAUUUGAAGAUACAACACAAAAAUGUCUAAGUAUAAUAAAUACAUUAGGUAAUGAAGAAGAAUCUCUCCUUAAAGAAAUUAAUAAUUUAUAUUCAACAAAAGGAAAAUCACAAAAUUGUGUCGAUUAUGGAAUUAAAAUAAUUAAUGAACUUAAAAAGCGUAAGCUAAUUGAAAUAAAAAAAAAAACAUAUAGCCAAGUAAUAAAAACAAGUAAUUUCAAAAAAGAAAUAAAAAAACAAAUUACUGAUUUAAAUUAUUUAUUACUAAAAAAUAAUGAAUAUAAAAAAUAUGACAUAAAAAAAUAUAAUUUUUUUUCAAGUGGUAAAAAAAUUAAUAAAGGUAAUAUACACCUUUUAACAAAACAAAUGAGAUUUUUUAAAGAUAUAUUUAUUUCUCUUGGAUUUGAAGAGAUGAAUACACAAAAUUAUGUUGAAUCUUCUUUUUGGUGUUUUGAUGCAUUAUAUAUACCACAACAACAUCCAAGUAGGGACUUACAAGAUACAUUUUUUGUAAAAUAUCCUGAAUACUCUCAAAAUAAUUUUAUUGACAACGAAUAUAUUGAUAAUAUAAAAAGAGUGCACACAGAUGGUGAUUAUGGAAGUUUUGGUUGGAAUUAUAAAUGGAAAUUAGAUGAGAGUAAAAAAAAUGUUUUAAGAACACAUACUACUGCAAACUCUUGUCGAGCUUUAUUUAAGUUAGCUAAAUUAUAUAAAGAAAAAGGACAUAUUAUACCUAGGAAAUAUUUUAGUAUUGAUAGAGUAUUUCGAAAUGAAAAUUUAGAUAGUACCCAUUUAGCAGAAUUUCAUCAAAUUGAAGGAUUAGUAAUUGAUAAAAAUAUUGGAUUAUCACAAUUAAUAGCAAUGUUAUCUGCUUUUUAUAAAUAUAUAGGAAUACAUAAAUUAAAAUUUAAGCCAACUUUUAAUCCAUAUACUGAACCAUCUAUGGAAGUUUAUGGAUAUCAUGAAGAACAUAAAAAAUGGUUGGAAGUUGGGAAUAGUGGAAUAUUUCGACCUGAAAUGUUAAGGCCAAUGGGAUUUCCAAAAGAUGUUUCUGUGAUGGCAUGGGGAUUAAGUUUAGAGAGACCAACCAUGAUAAAAUAUGGCAUCAAUAAUAUUCGUGACCUUUUUGGUUAUAAGAGUGUAGUAUAG